UAUCAUAUCUAUGCUCUGGUGAACAAGUAUCGUAUCUGAAUCAGGUGAUGAACUUUGGAGGUGAAUGUUACUGUUUUUGUUGUGUUUGUGUUUAUCUUAGCUAAACGGACGCGAAAAGACAGCGCGGUGCACGAGGAAACUGUUUUCUGCACUGCACUCAUUUGCGGAUGAAGCAUCUGCGUCUGUGAUUCUGUGUAGCCCUUUCUGUGUAACCUUGGUAUGUAGAGUCGUGGCAACAUGUACAAGGAACCAGUCUCGCCAGUGCGUCACCGUACUUUGCUACGAUGUGCUGAUUGCCUCACAAAGCAGCAGUUAAAGAGUCUAUCCAGGGAGAACGUAAAAAACUGCUGUAUGUCAACAGCUCCAGGGUGACAGCUGAAGUAGUUGGUGAACUUUAAGCAUGUUUGCAAGAAACCACGAAAUAGUGAAGUUCUCUGACCUUGACUCAGAUGUUCAGGAGCUUAUCAGAACAGCUGUUUCUUAUAGGCAGAAAGCUCACUGCCCAUACAGUAAAUUUCCAGUAGGAGCAGCGUUGAAGUGUGAUGACGACUCUGUGUUCGGUGGUUGUAAUGUUGAAAAUGCCGCAUAUGGUUCCAGUAUAUGUGCUGAACGCACUGCAAUUGUGAAAGCCGUAAGUGAAGGCAAAAAGCUGUUCAAGCAUUUUGCGAUAACGGGAGAUGUAACUCGGGGAUUUAUAUCGCCCUGUGGCUCAUGUCGUCAAGUGAUGGUUGAAUUUGGAACAGACGUGAAAGUCUAUCUGGCAAAGCCAGAUUUUUCAGAUGUUCUAGUGACAGAUAUGGACACUAUAUUGCCUCUAGCGUUCAUUCCACUGUCAAUGCCUAAGUGAAGUAAAGUGUACAAGGCUAUGUUAAUCACAGACACUUAAAGAAAGGAAAGAUUGAUAAUUGUUUAUUGCAGUAAUAUCUGCAUAAUUUUGUUUUGACAGUGUACCAUUUAAAAGAGCAUGAUCUGUUAUAAUAAUGCAGUAUCUCUGUAAAAUAUUUUUUUGUGAUGGUUUUGGCAUAUGAUACAGAAUUAAUUAUGAAUUGUGUCUUAGUUAUUUUCGUACCUAGAUAUCACUCGUAAUGCAUGGAAUGCUUGUUUUAAUUUGGCAUGUAAGGUGGCCACUGUGAUGUGGCAUGUAGAAUAAUGCUGUGACACUGUUGCAUUUGCCUUACAGAUGUAGAUUUCUGUUCUUCUACUAUCUCUCAAUGCUCAGUAUGGCUGUGUAUCUGAAUUCAGUGACACAUGUUAUAUGACAUCCAAGAGCGUUUGUUAUUGCUCUCCCUUCCUCUUUCUUUGUGAUACUGUAUUUUGCAUCACAGGUUAUCUGUGGAUGUGGAAUUAUGUUGGUGACAGGGUGAUAAUAUUGUAAAAUGGAAAAAAAAAAUGCAACAAACAUACUAUAAACUACAUUCUAUUAGCAAUAAUCAUGCUAUUGCCAUUAUCUCUUGUGUUAAGUGUAACUACACUGAUGUUCUCAUCUUAACAGUUGAACAAAUGCCAUUAUAAUUUUGCAGUAAGUAGUAAAUGGCACAGAAGAUGAAAUAGGCUGAAAAAUGUUUUUCAGUGCACUUCGGAAGUGGAACAGGUUUUCAUAUUGAUACGUACUGCUGGAAGAAUAAAGGAAUCAUAGCAUUGUAAGUAGUUUGAAGCAUAUUAAACAGGUGUGGAUUCUUGA